AUGGGUCACGGCUGUUGCGGCGGCGGCGGUGGCGAAGGAAAGCCUGUGCCUCAAAUGAGCGAGCAACAAGAAGAAAUCGCCAAGUGGGUUAGGUGGAACGUCAAGACCAAGGAAGCACCCGUCAAAGGUGGUGACAAAAGAGCGUACUUCGUCGGGCAGAAAGCAGUAGACAAAAUCAUGGAAUCAAAAUUCGCGACUCAGAACGCCAAGGACUCGGACAAGCCGUGCAUUCCCGACCGUGAGCAUGCCGUCGCCAUGAUGAACUUUUUCAUGCGACUCGGGCUCUUUUACCGAGGCGAACGGGAGUAUCUGGUAAAGAAGCAGAAGCGAAAGCGACGCGAUUCAAACGGAGACACUGAAUCUGAAACCGAAGAAGAACGCCGCGAGAGGAAAAAGAAAAAGUACAGACUCGACUUGUGUGAAAACCAAACCUUUAUUGACGCAGAAGAUGCCCUCUUCAUGUGGGACUAUGAGCCCACUCAUCCGUACACGUGGCUUGGCGGCACUAUCGUCAUCAUUAUUGGCUUCCUCGGGGUUCUGUAUCCUCUCUGGCCGCAGCAACUGCGCGGUGGCGUUUACUACCUUUCAUGGGGAGGUCUUGGCUUCGUCGGCUUUGUCAUCGUUCUAGCAAUUCUGAGGACGAUUCUCUACUGUCUUAUCUGGGUCCUCACCGGCGGAAAGCAUCACCUCUGGAUCUUCCCCAACUUAACAGAAGACUGCGGCCCAAUCGAGUCCUUCUUCCCGAUUUAUUCUUACAAAUACACGGGACCAAAAGACAAGAAGAAGAAAAAGAAGAAGAAGAAGGCGAUCGAGGGCGAACAAGCAGAAGCGAUUGAAGAAGAUGGCGGCUGCUGUGGAGGAGGAAGCUGCGACGAGCCCAAAACGCUCGAGGAAAAGAAAGAUGAAUAA